CGGCGGCGGAGGCGGUAACGGUAGCGGCGGCGGCUGGGUCGGGCCCCGACGGGCGGCGGCGGCUGAGGUGGAGGCGGAGGGAGGCGGCGGCGGCGGCGGCGAAGGAGGCGGCGGCGGCGGCGGAGGGGGGAAGAUGGCGGCGCCCGUCCUGCUGAGAGUGUCGGUGCCGCGUUGGGAGCGGGUGGCCCGGUAUGCAGUGUGCGCCGCCGGGAUCCUGCUCUCCAUCUACGCCUACCACGUGGAGCGGGAGAAGGAGCGGGACCCCGAGCACCGGGCCCUCUGCGACCUGGGGCCCUGGGUGAAGUGCUCUGCCGCCCUUGCCUCCAGAUGGGGUCGAGGAUUUGGUCUUUUGGGUUCCAUUUUUGGAAAGGAUGGUGUAUUAAACCAGCCAAACAGUGUCUUUGGACUUAUAUUUUAUAUACUACAGUUAUUACUUGGCCUGACAGCAAGUGCAGUUGCAGCUUUAAUCCUCAUGACAUCCUCCAUCAUGUCUGUAGUGGGGUCUUUGUACCUGGCCUACAUCCUGUACUUUGUGCUGAAGGAGUUUUGCAUAAUCUGCGUCAUCACAUAUGUGCUGAACUUCAUUCUUCUUAUCAUCAACUACAAACGACUAGUUUACUUGAAUGAGGCCUGGAAACGGCAACUGCAGCCCAAGCAGGACUAACCACCUGACGAACUCUUAACUGACAGUCUGAAGUCCCUUUUUCCAUUAAGUUUAUUUUGCAGCAGUUUGGUUGUUGUUGUUGUUGUUUUUUUAAUUCUUCACAACAGACACUUUCCCUAAGAAUCUUAAACUGAUUUUUUAAAAUCCUGUAAAUUAGAAGGAGCUCUAGCUAUUUUCUGUGUCAAUCUUCAUUUUAAAUAUGGAUACAAAAAAAAAAAAAGAAAAAAAGAGGAUACGCCGAGCCAAUCAAAGACAAGCUUUAACUUUACUUUGGAGAUGUUUCUGAAAUAAUAAAUGUAGCCCUAGCCUCCUUCCCUCAAUGUAAAGUGAGCAACCAUUGCUAGUAAUUCUCUAAUGUGUAUAAAUUACAUUUCAGCUAUAACAAAUGUGAUCAUGACAUGAAAAUAUUUUAGAAUAGAUACUGUAUUAAAUAUUGCCAUGUUUACAAUAUGUAAUGUUUUUAGCUGAUGGAUUUAAACAUGUAGAUUCAACUAGAAUCCAUUCAUGUGAUAUUUGUAAAUAAAGGUAGAACUAUUGGAUCCAUCCCUGCAGAACUUACUGUACAGUUUAGUUGAAGUGUAGCAAUGAAGAAAUGUCAGCUUAACGUUGACUGAAGAAAUAGUGAAAAUAGUAAGUCCAUACAGAGCAUCUUGUGAAAAGCACUGAGAGCUGUGGGUCUAGCAUUGACAGCAAAAAUAAUAGGGUGAUUGGUUCCCUUUCAUCUCCUUCCUCUGAAAGGAGGAAACUAAAUUUGGACAUUCAAGUCAAGCUUGUACCUAGUCAUAAAACUGGAUCAAUUAUAACCUUACAGAAUGAGUCAUGUGACCAGACUUUCAAGUCCAAGGCCUUCAGGGUACUAAAGAUGGGAAAAUGGGUAGAUUUCUUUGGAGAAAAGCUGGUAAUAUUAAUAUGGCAUUUUUAGGUAAAAUCUCUUACAACAGUUGAAUUUUCAUGCAGAUAAUUUUCCUUAACAUUGGUGCCAGUCAACCAAACAGUAUUGACUUUGAAAUCAUCAGUAGAAGCCCAGUCGCUCCAGAGCAGGAUUGCUCUUGGGUAGCUCUGUAGUGUUUUCCCUGCUUCUUUCUACACUAAUUAACCAGACGUCUAGUUUAAUUGUUUUAGAGUCAGAUACUGGAUUUGUAAACUUUAGGGCUGACAUGCUGCUCAGUUUGCUUAACUGGGAGAGGAGUACUAAAGGUAGAAAUAUCUCAAGGUGAAAUACAGUACUCUUUCUAAUAACUACCCAAAUGCAGAGUUUGUGAAAGUGAUCUGAAUAAGCCCAAAUGAAAUAGUGACAGUAUGUUUCUAUGGUUAACAUCUUAUAUCAGAUUGUUAAAAGUGCCUUCUGUCUUAAAUCUCAAACCAAAUAUUUUGUGUGUUGAACUUGGGCAGAAGUGUCCUUCCUUCCUUUCUUAGCAUGAAGUAGAAAACUUGCAUUCUAUAGAAAGGUUCCGUAUGAUCAUUUUAUUCCUUAGAUUGAGAAGUAGUAGCCAUGUUUUUGCCUCCAAUUCCAUUCAUCAUUAUGUUAAAAAGAGACCGGGUAACUUUUGAGUGCUUUAUUUGCCUUCUUUUGAAGGGAGGGGACAGGCUCUGCUCUGUAAACUGUAACGUGCAGAGUCAGCAACUGUUCAGCAGUUUCCAACUAACUGUCAUAAUUGAUGCAGUGUAUUCUUCUGGCCCAAGGCAGGUAUAAAAUCUGAGUUGUAAUGUACUUUCAACCAGUUUAAACCAGUUUUGUAAAAGAUAGCUUAAUUCAGAUUUCAUCAAGGCUUAUGUUCUCCCAAGAAUGUGAAUAUUUCAAUGCCUGUUUUAUUAUCUAUGUAUUGUUCUUGUUUCUAUAGUUAAAGAACUCUAGAAAGCAUUGAUUAGAUGUCUGAUAUUUAUGGAGAAACAAGUCCUAAUGCUGGAAAACCGUGCAACGAGGUCGUCUUGUAGCAGUGCUUCCCGUCUACCCAGCAGUUUACUGCUUCUCUUUUCUCCGCUAGAGUGGAACUGGCUUCACGGUGAAGACUUCGUGGUAUAUAUAACUCUGGUCGUGCUAAACAAGUUCCUCGUGUACCAAUUUAAAAUUGUUUUUCACCAUAUUUUGUAUCAAUCAGUUAGAGUAGAGUUAAAGCUUGUCUUGAUGUUGCGUUCUUGCGAACAUCUUCAACUCUUACAUGAGAGAACGUCAGUGUUCAGCCAGACCCUUCGAGUUUUUCCUUUGCUUUUCUAAGCCUUGGGUAAACCACUGUUUCAGUUGUAGAAAAAUUGUUGCCACAUUCCUAUGACCCCAGAAUUAAUAUCCUUCUUUUCACUGGGUAAUGACCAUGUGCUGCCUGAAAUACCAGCGCGGUGACGCCUGUUUCGCUGUAAGCAAAGGACCCGCCCCCGUCCCCCGCGCCUCCCCUCCCCCAUGCGUGUGAUUUGGUAUUUUUGCCCGGGAAGAAUUUAGGCUUCCCUCUACAUCCUCAAUUACACCCCAGAAGAGGGGGAAAACCCCAUGUUAUAAAAUCUGAGGGCUAUUUUGACUAUUUUAUCUUUUUUUUUUUUUUGCGCGGUACGCAGGCCUCUCACUGCUGUGGCCUCUCCCGUUGCGGAGCACAGGCUCCGGACGCGCAGGCUCAGCGGCCAUGGCUCACGGGCCCAGCCGCUCCGCGGCAUGUGGGAUCUUCCCGAACCGGGGCACGAACCCGCAUCCCCCGCGUCGGCAGGCGGACUCUCAACCACUGCGCCACCAGGGAAGCCCCCUAUUUUGACUAUUUUAGACAGAAUAUUUAAACACUGCAACAUUAUUAGCCACCAAUGUGGAAGAACAGAUUAGGGAAGAAACUGAAUUUCUGCUUCUUGGUUUUCAAAAUGACUUGUAACAACGAAGCCUCUUAUCUAUUUGACAGUCCUAUCAUUUGAAGAAAUAAGAGAAGUUGUAGUUAGAUGAUAAAUUCUAGGGAAUCUAGGUGGUUUGGAGGAUUUGGUAUUUUUCAUUGCAGCUAGUUGCUAUCAGUGAGGGUAAACGUCUGGUGAAAUAACUCAGGUUUGACUAGCUGUGUGCCAGGAAUUACUUUUACUUGAUGUAUAGAGCCUCUCCUUAAAUCCAUUACUUCUAAGGAUGUUGAAAGCAUUGACUAUUUUCUUACAAAGAGACAAAGAUCUAUCAUUUGGUACAAGAGAUCCUUGGACCUACUAGGUAGGAUACAGGACGAAGACUACAGUGAAAUUAAAACUGUUAGUUGGCUUUAGUUUUCUUGUAUUUCAUUUAUUUUUAAGACUAUCAGCAAAAGUGCAAAGUUGUCUUCAGCAAAGCUUGACACCAAUGAAUGCUGACAGAUCUUGUCCUGAAAAAUCAGUAUUGAACAAAUGCCAACAAGAAACCCACUAUUAUUUUUGGUAACCUAUUUGGGAAGGAAUACCUGAUAUUCAGUCUUUGUCCUCGUGUAUUUCUCCCCAACAGGCAAGCACUGGUGAAACAUUUCUAUUCAGAUAUUUUAGGCAGCACUUAUGAUUCCUAAUUUGUGAGAGCUACCCUUCAAUAAAUCAAAGGGGGCGGGGGUAGGAGUCCAGGCUACUUGGUUAAACAUUUUUUUUGACAAAUUAGCCCAGAAAAGGUGAAAUGUUUUGUUAUAAAACUAUUAAGCAUGGCCUAAGUAUUAGGUGUAUGAUCUGUAUAGUACGUUCCAUCAAAAAUAUUUAUUACUAGUGCUUUAAGCUCCAGAGUAAACAUUCAUUUAAAAUGGAGUUCACUGGGCAGAUUUCCCCUUUAAUAUAGAUAGAAAUACUCUUUAUCAGAGAUUUAGGACACAGUUUUGCUAACUGGUAAAAACAAAUGUAAAUAUGUAAGAAUGUUUAUUUGUUGCACAUAACUUUUUGGUAUAAAAUAAAUGUAGAAGUUACCUGUGGAAGUUGUGCUGCCCUCAUUCUUAUACUGCAGUACUGCAUUUCAAAAAAGAAGCAGAAAUGAAUUCAGUCUUAUAAAUUAUUCUUGAAAUUGUUUCUGUAGCUUCAUUUCUACGUGUACUGAAAUGUAUUUCUACAGGUGUACUGGGUUGAUUCUUCUCUUAAAUUAUAUGUAACUUAGAGAAGACACACGCAGAAUUCUCAGAGAUUCUAGUUCUUGGAAUUCCUGUUGAUUUAUGAUGUAUGUGGUUGUCCAGAAUUAAUGAAAAAGAUGUUACUGCUUAACAGCUGUCUUCCCACUGCUUUACUUUAGCUCAUCUCGAACACUCCACUGUUAUCAUCUAAAAAGUUAACAUCUGUAAGAAAGAUGAUUCCAUUUGAAAUGCAGUUAGCCAUAGUUUAUUGAAUAGAACAAAUGUGCCCUGUGUUAGAACCUUAGGACUUAAGAAAUGGACCUUACCUCUAAUUUGUAAAACAUUUAAGUGUGUUUGUGAUGUUUAAUUUUUUUUUUUAAUGUUUGUCAAGUAAAGAGUUUUAUAUAUUAUUCCUUGACAUUAAACUGGAACACAAAACUUGA